AUGGGCAAAGCGUACAACGAGGAGCAGCGUCAGGCUGUGAAGUUGGGAUUGGAAGCGGGCAAGGAUGAGGAGACAAUUGAGCGCGAGACGGGAGUCUCAGACAGGACAAUACGUCGGUGGAAGAUGGAAUUGGRGCGUACCGGUCGCAUUGGCAAGCCCCCCGAGGCUCGGACUGGCAGGCAUAGGGUCUUGAGCGCAGAAAUCGAAGCGGCAUUGUUCGAGCACACCAAGGAUAAACCCGAGCUCACCGUGGAUGACAUGCUCUGGUGGCUAUACGACACGUACAAGAUUGUCGUUGGCACGCGAACCAUUCGCCGCGUCUUCGAGCGCAAAGGCGACAAUGUUAGAGGUCGAGGGAAGGCGAAGGCCAAGGGCAAAGGCGCACGACGCAAGACCACUGCACAGGAGGACGACGAUGAUGAUGAGGACGAUGAAGACGAUGAUGAAAGCUCACCUAUGCGGACUGAGGCCCAGUAUCAAUCACCAUAUGCCCCCAUGGUCGUUCAGCAAGCGAGUGCCGCAGAGCAACAGCUUGCCAAUGCAUUACAACAACCACAACAGAUGCCGAACGCCCAGCUAUUACCGCCGCCGCAGCACUUUGCGACUCCCAUGAACAUGCAAGAUGAGCUUCCCGAUGACGAAGAAACGAUCCAGUUGCAGCUUCAACAGAUUGCGCUACAGAAGCGCGAGGUGGAAUUGAAGUUGAAGAUGCGACAGCUGCAAAGCGGCAAAGGCAUGCCAACCUCAGCCCGCAAGACUCCAGGCCGCACCUCGACCCUCUACGAUCCCUCGGCCACACCGACAACGGCACCUAAACGAGACUCGCGAAGUAAAAAGAAGAUUGAAGAAUCGAAGAGGCGGACAGCCGAGAGGCAGGAGCGAAUGCUCGCAGAUCUGGAGCGUCGCAGUCGGCGUCGUGAUCACCUCACAGCAGAGUGGGUGCAGAGCAAGGACAUAUGGCCACUACGAGCUCAAAGCACACUGGCAGACCUGAUGCAUCAGUACUCUUGCUACGCCUACAGCCAGCCCAUGUCCGACACCUUUGAUCAAAUGUACCGCGAACUGUACCGACUUGUCGAUCUAGCGAAAGGCGACUGGGAUCCACAUGUUCACGAUGAGUUGCUCCGUGAGCGCAUGAAGCGUAAAAUGAGUCAGCUUCGCGCGAAGAUGCAGAAAUCGGGAGAAAUCGUCGGUCGUACGGAUGGCUAUAGUGGCUUCACCAAGGCGGAGAACUAUACCGGGGAGCAGGCUGGCCAGGCGCUUGGCGACGAGAACGACAUGGUGAACGAUAUGCAGUCCCACCCGGAUAUGCAAUCGCAACCCGGUGCCGCUCAUAUGCAAGAUGAUCACAUUCACUACGAGCCGGUGCCAGAUCAUCAACAGAUGGGUGAUCAUCAGCAGAUGGGUGAUCAUCAACAGAUGGGAGAUCACCAGCAGAUGGRCGACCAUCAACAAAUGGGAGUCGAUAAACAGAUGCCCGAUUACCAGCAGAUGCAGGCUUCCAAUAUGCCGUACGCCCACGCUAUGAUGGGCAGUCAGGAUCAAUACCCCAUGAUCGACCCUAACCAUCCUGGGAUGCUGCCAUAUGGAAGUAUGGACGGUCAGUCCGGGGUGAUGAUGUAG